AUAGACGGAUUUUUUUCACAACAUGAUUCAUUAAAACAUCAUUUAGAAAGCGAGAAAUCGGGCGAAUUUCUCCUUGAUUUGAACAUGGGACAAACUUCGUCAUCGGUGUCCAAUUCUAACCAUGGCAACAGAGCGCAUUCUUCAACAGCUGGCACGAGUCAGCAGGCUUCGAGUAGGUCCCGACCAGACUCGGCACCAGAACGCAGACGAACCACAAGCACUAGUGCAUCAUCAAGUGGCUACAGAGCAAAGCCCAACAGAACCUACCGUGGUACUACGCAACAACCUGGAAGAGCCAGCUGGCCUCACGAUGUGCUCCAACCUCUAGACUCAAUGCUUCAACCAGCAGUUUCACAACACCACAGUGACUUCCACUUCCAUACAAUCCAUGGCAAGAACAUCGUAUUGUCGGCUGACCACAAAACAGCAUCUCGCAUGGGAAGUUUCUGCAACGCCCUGGUGUUCACUCACAGAGCGAUACACAUUGGCGAGAUCCUACACUUUGAACUAAUCCAGAACACAGCUGGAUGGAGCGGGGUGUUACGCUUCGGUUACACCUCACAAGAUCCAUUUUCUAUGCGUAGUAACGGGAUCCCUAAGUAUGCAUGUCCAGACCUGACAGGAAGGGCAGGGAACUGGGCAAAAGCUCUGAGAGAAAACUGUGCAAAGCAUGGCAAUGUGCUGAACUUUGUCCUAAGUGAAGAUGGGACGGUGUAUUAUAGCGUUAAUCAAGAACCAUUUAUGGAGUUCUUCAAUGGAGUAGACACAUCGAGGCCUGUAUGGGGAGUAAUUGAUGUUUAUGGUAACACAACUGGAGUUAGAAUUGUUGAUACCUUCCCAACAUCCAACCGGAUAUCGACAAGAGGUGCCUCGUCUGUGUCUGGAUUCUUGGACCCACUACGCUUGGUCUCGGACCUAGUCCCUGGUAGUGGUGGUAGUAGUAGCCAGGAGGUUCCAUUCCAAGGUUCGAGCGGAACACGUACCAAUGCUCUCAAGCCCGACCCACUACCACUGCACAGUCAACACGGCUGUAACAUUGUACUCGAAGAGGAGAGAUUUGUAGCAGAACGCAAAGCGACUACCGUCAGCGGUGGGUUAGUCUUCACCAGUCGGCCCAUCCAGUUUAAUGAGAAGAUCAUGGUGAAGGUUAUGACGGUCAACCACUGCUAUAUCGGACAUAUGGGUGUCGGUUUGACGUCAUGCGAUCCAGAGAGUCUGGACCCAGAUACCUUACCUCUUGAGGCGGAAGACGUCUGUGACCGUAAGGAGUACUGGGUCAUGACCAGGGAUUACGACACGCUAGAAGAAGGAGCUAGUUUAGGGUUCACAAUCGAUGAGGAUGGUAGGAUUCACAUGACUGGACCGGAGGGUGCUAGCGAUAAAGUCUUGAUGCACGUUGAUACGUCCACACCACUCUGGAUGUUCUUUGACUUGUACGGCACCACUCAGACAAUCAAAAUCUUAGGUGCCCUUAAAAACAGCCCUCCACCUCCAGUGCCAUCACAGACUGACUGGGAUGCAACCAAUGAUAUCAAUGUGAGUAUAUUUGAUGAAGCAGAAGGUGCAGCUGCCUUUGCAUUACAUGUAGAAGAUCUUGAGAAGGUUCCAACCCCUCCUCCAAGACUUCACUCAAUGUCUGCUGCUUCUAAAGCUAAACCUAGCGAGGGGGGUAGCAGUCAGGGUAAGUCCCGUCGGCAAGCACCCCCUCGUCCGAACAAACCGCCUCUAAGACAAGACAACGAAUGCACAGUAUGCUUUGAGAAUCUCCCUGAUGCGGUGUUCUACCGCUGCGGCCACAUCUGUUGUUGCCUUGCCUGCGGGGUGAAACUUAAAGAGAGGGGAGACCCUUGCCCUCUCUGCCGAGCGCCAAUUCAUGACAUCAUUAAAUUCUACAAGACAUAGGGCGUUGUACUUAAAGCUUUACAUGUAACGUCGGCUUGGUACAUUGAGAAACCAACAGUGAUCUUAGAACAAUAAGGGCUUAGAAAACAAACAUAGCAAUAACUAAGAGAGAGAUUACAUUUGAAAAAAUAUAUGUUUGAAGAUAAAGUACUGGAUUUGUGACUGGUGAUUAAAUACAACCAUCAUGAGUACACGUGAAAGUCAUCUCUGGAAAUAAUAUAAUCUGAAAUGCUGCAUUUAAAAAAGUACCUUCUUUAAACUAAAAAGAAUCUAGGUUUUGUACGAUAAGCAAACACACAUACUACUGGAAAUAUGUAACAAGUACAUAACAAGUGCCAAAUUUCCUUGUUGAUGCCCAAGUUGUUUCAUGAAUCGGUGUUCUAAACCAAGCUGACGUUAUAUGAUGAAGUGCUGCAGAGUCUUAUAACUUACAUAUUAACAAAGACAAAUCAACUGUCCGAGAAUCGUAAUAUACAAAGAUGUUUUCUCCUUCAUGUUAUUUCUUUCAACUUUUUCUAACUAAGCAAAAACAUAUGAUUCACAACAUUCUCAUGCUGGGAUCAAUUUCACGAAGAGCUAAGAUUGAUGUUAGGGGGGCCUAUCAAUCUUAAAGGGGCUGUAUUGUCAUGAUCAAAGCAGGCAAGAGACUGUACAAAGUACAUCACAGCCUCUUUAAAAGGGCUGUGUCUGUACAUCACAGCCCCUUUAAAUGCUAAAAGGGCUGUGUCUGUACAUCACAGCCCCUUUAAAAGGGCUGUGUCUGUACAUCACAGCCCCUUUAAAUGCUAAAAGGGCUGUGUCUGUACAUCACAGCCCCUUUAAAUGCUAAAAGGGCUGUGUCUGUACAUCACAGCCCCUUUAAAUGCUAAAAGGGCUUUGUCUGUACAUCACAGUCCCUUUUGUUGCUGAACAAAGUGCGAUGACACAAUAUAAAUGGCAAUGGUAAUGUUGACAACUCAUCUUAAGAUGAAUUUUAGUGCUUUGUGGAAUGAAGACCUGGUGUAAUUAUUAAGUAGGGAUAGAAGAAGAUGCCUGCAUACUUUCGGAGAGAGAAUGUGAUUGAAGUGAAUUUGUUUGUUUCAGUCUUCUACAUAUUAUGCACUUUUUUAUAAACCCACCAUUCCUACUUUACAUGUUGUACAGGUUCACAGAUUGAACAAGAAAAAUGGCACACACGUAUGUUGUAUGUGUCAUUGUAGAAUGUAUGAUAAUUGUUUAUGCAGAGAAAAUUAUUUCAUGUAUGUAUGAUAGCGGAACUUAGCAAUUGGUGAAAGGUAGAUACAUGAUAAAGUAUUUUAACUUUUAUACAGAGCAACCAACAAUGGAUUCACAAAUUGAAGUGGUCACACUUAAACGGAACACAUUUGCUCUUGAAUUUGCUCUUGUUGGAAUCUCAAUUGCAGAAAUAUGCACCUUGGUGGCAAAUUUAAUGGUUGGGAUGAAAGUGAAAGUACAUAUAUUUUAUGCAUUUUUAUACAUUUUCUGUAGACCCCUUGUAGUAAGCAAUAUUAUCUCACAUUGAUUGUAAAUGAUAUUAAAUAUUCUAAUAAUUUAUGCUAUUAAUUAUUUAAGCUUUACAAUGGCGUUGUAUAUCCCCGCUGAUGGACGGAGUCUAGACUUGUUGACAAGUCAUUAAUUGUUUGUCGGAAUCAAAGCAUUCCAACUCUCUCUGCAAUUCUCGCAACAUUGGCCAUGUUUUUCGCAGGACUGUUGAUCGCUGUUUGGGGCAGCCUUGCACAUGAACAGUGUUCUUGCAGAAGCAGUCUUUGAUUGUGGAGAGCUCCUGACUGUAUAGCGUUGUCACAACAUUGUCCACAUAGGUAGAUUGUGUCAGGAAGUAACUUUAAAACUUGUGAUUUGAACCAUAAUUUAUGCAGUAAAUGGACACACAAUUAUGCAUAGCGGACAUUAAAUGACCUUGGAUUUUUUUCUAACCAGCUGACAUGAGUUCUCAAUUUCAUGGUGUUCAAAUAGAAUAGUUUUAAUAAUGAGAUAUGACAUUAUUCUACUGUUCGAAUCAGAUGUUUGCAUUGUGGAAGUCACUUUGCCAAAUGUUAUUUUUUUCCUAGCAGCUUUUGUGCUUUUAAGCAGUUCUAUGAAAUUUGACCCUGACGGAGGGCUCGAAUUUGGGUAUAAAAAAAACAAGACUGCAAUGUAGAUUCACAAUCUUAUGGGACCAAAAUCUUAAUGUCUAAGAGCUUUCAAGUGUAACAUGAAAACUACUUUGGUUUGUACAAGCAUUAAGAGAAGAUUUAUCUCAUUUGCCUUGUAUGAGAAUCCUUAUUCACACGACAGCACUUUAACUGGGGGGUCCCUUGCUUAACUUUAGCAUGGUUGUAAAAUGAUGCAAUGUUUGACAAUAUUUUACAAGGAAACUUGGACAGUAAAAAAAGGUUUACACGAGUUGAAAUUUUUACAACCAUGCUACAAUUAAGCAAGGGACCUUUGCUAAUUUACUCUCGUGUGAAAGGGGCUUUUGAAGGCCUACAUUUUUAUACUGGACCAUGGAGGUACCUCCAUGACUGGACAGAGUUAACAGGUUUUUUUUACUAGCCUCGAAAGUCAACAUUUGAACAUCGCUUCAUUUUGUUUAAAAAACAUAUUACAGAGUGGGGUAAUAUUAUUCAAAUGAAAAACACAGUCUUAUCAUUGGACUUGUCCCGUCAUGAGUUUACUGGCCCGUUGUUAAAAUCAUUGGCCUCAGGGCUAGUGGUCCAGUGUGAAAUUGGAGUCUUGUGAUGUCAUGUGAAUACAACAA